AUGACCUCCACGGUACCCCUUGCAGACUGCGGUCGCCCCGAGCCCUCUGCCCGAAUCGUGGGGGGCUCCGACUCUCAGCCGGGCACCUGGCCGUGGCAGGUGAGCCUGCAUCAUGGCGGGGGCCAUAUCUGCGGGGGCUCCCUCAUCGCCCCUUCCUGGGUCCUCUCGGCUGCUCACUGUUUCGUGACGAACGGGACCUUGGAGCCCGCGGCCGAGUGGUCGGUGGUGCUGGGCGUGCACUCGCAGGACGGGCCCCUGGACGGCGCGCACGUCCACGCGGUGGCCGCCAUCCUGGUGCCAGACAACUACAGCAGCGUGGAACGGGGCGCCGACGUGGCCCUGCUGCGCCUGGCCUCGCCCGCCAGGUUGGGCCCCUCCGUGCGGCCCGUCUGCCUGCCCCGAGCCUCGCACCGCUUUGCUCACGGCACCGCCUGCUGGGCCACCGGCUGGGGGGACGUCCAGGAGGAGGACCCCCUGCCUCUCCCCUGGAUGCUACAAGAAGUAGAGCUGAGGUUGCUGGGAGAGGCUGCCUGUCAGUGUCUCUACAGCCGUCCUGGCCCCUUCAAUCUCACUUUCCAGCUAUUGCCGGGGAUGCUAUGUGCCGGCUACCGGGAAGGCCGCAGGGACACCUGCCAGGGAGACUCUGGGGGACCCCUGGUCUGCAAGGAAGGUGGCCGAUGGUUCCAGGCAGGAAUCACCAGCUUUGGCCUUGGCUGUGGACGGAGGAACCGCCCCGGAGUCUUCACGGCUGUGGCUCCCUAUGAGGCAUGGAUAAGGGAACAGGUGUCAGGCUCAGAGCCUGAGCCUGCCUUCCCCACCCAGUCCCCGGAGGCCCAGUCAGGCCUCCCCGAGCCCACGAAUGAGAAUUGCACCAUCGCCCUGCCAGAGUGUGGGAAAGCCCCAAGGCCAGGGGCCUGGCCCUGGGAAGCCCAGGUGAUGGUCCCAGGAUCCAGACCCUGCUAUGGGGCGCUGGUGUCUGAAAGCUGGGUUUUGGCACCUGCCAGUUGCUUUCCAGGUCACAUCAGCUCAGCCCGCCCGCCCAGCGACCUGGACUACUGGCGCGUGCAACUGCCCUCGCGCCCGCACGCGGAGCAGGUGGCGCGCCUCGUGCCGCACGAGAACGCCUCGUGGGACGACGCCUCGAACCUGGCGCUGCUGCAACUGCUCGCGCCCGUGAAUCUGAGCGCGGCCCCGCGGCCAGUGUGUCUACCCCACCCAGAACACUAUUUCCUGCCAGGGAGCCGCUGCCGCCUGGCUCGCUGGGGCCGCGGGGAACCCGCGCCCGGAGCCAGCUCGCUGCUUGAGGCGGAGCUGUUGAGCGCCUGGUGGUGUCACUGCCUGUACGGCCGCCAGGGGGCGUCAGUGCCGCCGCCAGGAGAGCCUCCGCAGGCGCUCUGCCCCGCCUACCAGGAGGAGGAGGCGGAGGGGAGCUGCUGGAACUACUCUCAUUGGAGCCUGCUGUGCCGGGAAGAGGGGACCUGGUUCUUGGCUGGAAUCAGAGACUUGCCCAGUGACUGCCUGCGUCCCAGAGUUUUCUACCCCCUGCAGACCCACGGUCCAUGGAUCAGCCAUGUGACUCGGGGGGCCUACCUGGAGGACCAGCUGGCCUGGGACUGGGGACCUGAGGGGGAGGAGACUGAGGCACAAACCUGUCCCCCUCACACAGAGAAUGGUGCCUGUGGCCUGCAGCCAGAGCCGGCUCCGAUGCGGGUCCUGUGGCCCUGGCUGGCAGAGGUGCAUGUAGCUGGAGAGCGAGUCUGCGCUGGCGUCCUCGUGGCCCCAGGCUGGGUCCUGGCAGCCACUCACUGUGUCCUCAGGCCGGGCUCUACAACGGUGCCUUAUAUUGAAGUGUACCUGGGCCGGGCGGGGGCCAGCCCCCUCCCCCAGAGCCACCAGGUGUCCCGGUUGGUCAUCAGCAUCCGCUUGCCCCGGCACCUGGGACUGCGGCCCCCUCUGGCCCUCCUGGAGCUGAGCUCCCGAGUGGAGCCCUCCCCAUCAGCCUUGCCCAUCUGCCUUCACCCUGGGGGUACCCCCCUGGGGGCCAGUUGCUGGGUACUGGGCUGGAAGGAUCCCCAGGAUAGAGUCCCUGUGGCUGCUGCUGUCUCCAUCUUGACUCCGCGACUCUGUCACUGCCUCUAUCAAGGCCUUCUGCCUCCUGGAACUCUGUGUGUCCUGUAUGCAGAGGGGCAAGAGGACAGGUGUGAGGUGACCUCAGCCCCUCCGCUCCUGUGCCAGACUGAGGGAGGCUCCUGGGUCCUCGUGGGCAUGGCUGUUCGAGGCAGCCGGGAGCUGUUUGCUGCCACUGGCCCUGAAGAGGCCUGGAUCUCCCAGACAGUGGGGGAGGCACCUUUUCUACCCCCCAGCGGCUUCCCCCACUGGCUCCCUGAAGGCAGCGACCUCUGUCCCCCUGAUAUGGCCAGGGCCUCAGGUUCCCCGCGGGCUGCUCUUUUCCUGCUGCUUCUGACCCCCCUGAUCCAGGGCUGAGGCCCCCACCCCCACCCCGCCACCUCCCCGGCCCCCAGGGCCCUGGGCUAUCUCCCCUUCACCUCCCCCAUUCCCUUCCACCUUCCACUUCCCUCCCAGUGAGUCUGGAAUGUAGCCCAAC